AUGUUUCCUACCGCUGUAAUCGUGCUAUCAGCCAUCAUUGCCCAUGUCGUCUUCAAUCGCCUUGAGCCUCGUGGUGCGGCUGUCAUUGGAAUCUUGAUACUGGGGAUCCCCGCCACACUGUCCAUCGCUCUGCGCGCAUCCUUCACCUCCCUGCUCUCUAGUGCCGCAUUCACACUUUCGAACUAUCUCCUAUCUUUGAUCAGCUCUCUGUGUAUUUACCGCCUGUCGCCUUUUCACCCACUGGCUCGAUUCCCUGGGCCCGUACUCUUCAAACUCUCCCGCAUUCCUGCCUGGAUUCUCGCUCGAAGCGGUGUCCAGCAUCACUACUAUCUUGCUCUUCACCAACGCUUUGGACCUUACGUACGAACAGGCCCGAAUCACUUGCAUGUUUCAGAUGCGUCUGCCAUACCCGUCGUACUCGGUUCUCGUGCUUUUACGAAAGGCGGUCGGUACAGUGCUAUCAAGAGGCCAGGAUCCCAAGGGAGCCUCCUCUCAAUGAGCGACCCCCACGAACACUCUCAAAGGCGUCGCAUAUGGGAUCGAGCCCUCAAUGCGACUGCGCUCAAAGACUAUCAAGACUCACUGGCCAAUCGUGUGGCGCAGCUCGUGACUGGCCUCGAACAGCGAGUUCAAGACGGGCCACUGGACUUAUCUGAGUGGAUCAGCAUGUUCUCAUUUGACUUCAUGGGUGACCUAGCUUAUGGCAGCGGAUUCAACUUGCUAGAACAAGGCGAGGAUGUGCAGGAUCUCAUCCGCAUCGUGUCUGCAGGUGUUCGCCAACAGGAGCUGGCAGGCGCAAUACCGUGGAUCAAACCAUUCUACGACAUGCUUCCUACCUCAUCCAAUGACUUGCGUUUUGUACAGUUUGCCAAGGAAAUGGUCUUGAAGCGGAAGGCUCAGGAGACGCCCAUGGACGAGGACGGUUCAGGCACGCCGCCCCUUGUUUUCCCCACACUGGUGCAAGAGUCUAGUCUCGCCUUGGUGGCUGGCUCAGACACCUCCGGUACCUGCCUCGCGAAUAUCUUCUAUUACCUCCUCUCGAAUGUGGCCGCAUACCGGACAUUGCAAAGCGAAAUCGACAAAGCUGAGAUGGACUCUACGAACGCUACGUUAGCUGGCCUUCCCUACCUCAACGCCGUGAUCAACGAAACUCUGCGACUGCAGUCUGUGGUUCCGAAUGGCGUCCAGCGCGUCCUCUCUUCUAAGAGCGAGGGGGUCAUAAUUUCCGGCAACUACAUCCCACCCUCGACCACGGUUCAGGUUUCGACAUAUAUUGUUCACCGUGAUCCAGGCAACUUCUCCCGAAUCCGGACGCUUUCAUGCCCGAACGCUGGCUGGCGAAUCCCAUAA